AUGAAGCGUCAUUUUUUAGAAGGAGAAGAACCUCCUCCCAAAAAACGUAAUUUGUCACCAGAUGCACAGGCAGGGAAUCAAGGAACCGCCUUUCGCAGUGAUCUCUUCGAAGACGCAACCCGAGACUCGUUCCGCAAAUCCUACGAGCAAUCGGGCCCAUAUCCUCAUGCGGUAGUACCGUCCCUCAUUCAGGAGCAGUUGCUGCGAUCCGUCAGACGCGAAGUCACUAGCCAUGUCCACUUCACACCGAAAGAGACGGACAUCUACCGCAUUCAUCAGUCGGGCGACCUUGCGAACCUAUCGAACCUCCCUGCCGAGGCUUUGAAACAUCUACCGAGCCUGGUUGAGCUGCGAGAUGCACUCUACAGCACAGAGUUCCGAGAAUGGGUCUCCUUCGUCACAGGCGCAGGCAAGGUCUCGGGCAAGAAGACAGACAUGGCGGUCAAUGUCUACACACCCGGCAGCUACUUGCUAUGUCACGACGAUGUCAUUGGCAGUAGAAGGGUCAGCUAUAUUCUGUAUUUGACUGAUCCUGAUCACCCGUGGCAAGCUGAAUGGGGUGGUGGACUGCGGCUUUUCCCCACCGAGGUUAAGACGAACAAAGCCGGCGAGGACAUCAAGGUUCCGUUGCCCGAGCACAGUCUGAACAUCCCUCCCUCGUUUGGCCAACUCAGCUUCUUCGCCGUUCGCCCUGGCGAGAGCUAUCACGAUGUACAGGAAGUAUAUCAUGGGAAUGACCCCGAUGCAGAUGGAGGGAGAAUCCGAAUGGCAAUCAGUGGGUGGUUCCAUAUUCCGCAAGAAGGUGAGGACGGCUUUGAGGAAGGCAUUGAACAGGCGCAAGCUCAAAGGUCGAGUCUUGCACAACUCAAGGGCGCCGCAAAUGAGUUUGACGAGCCCCAAUUGGUAUUCCGUCAUUUUGACGAGCCGCGGAGCGUCAUGGGUAGCAAUGCCUCGAAGCGUGAAAUCGACCCAGGCGACGACCAAGAUACCGAGGACAAUGUGCUCACUGAACAAGAUCUGACUUUCCUUCUGCAUUACCUUGCCCCCAGCUAUCUCACACCGGACAUGAUUGACGACUUCCGGUCGUUCUUUGAGAAUACAUCUAGUCUGCAGUUGGAACAUUUUUUUAACGCAAAAUUUGCCGCCGAGUUGAAAGACUAUGUAUCCGCGGCAGAUGGGCUGGAGGAGGCACCUGCCGAGUUACUUGCACAUCCUUCGAAUUGGAAGGUUGCCCGCCCACCGCAAAAACAGCGUUUCACAUAUCUCCAGGGAUCAGAGGAGCUACACGACGACGGCACACCAAUCUCACGAAUCCUUACCGAUCUGCUCCAUUCACACGCCUUCAAAAAAUGGCUGGCUCUGGUGACUGGGCUUGGCACCAAGAGCUUGGUUCGACAGAACGCGAUUGCAAGGAGAUUUCGCAGAGGGAAGGAUUAUGCCCUUGCCAGCCCUUUCCAGGGUGGACAACCGCAAUUGGAAUUCACAAUCUCAAUCACCCCUACCGAGGGCUGGGAGCCACGAGAGGACGAUGCUGAUGCAGAUCGUCAGACAAACAUCCCCACCUCGAACGGCAUGCAUGCAAAGGAGGUCGUCAACGGUGAUCUGGGCAAGGGCAAGGGCAAAGCCAGAGAAACCGAGCAGGUACAAGUAACACAACCCGCCGAGAUCGAAUUCGGCGGUGAGGAGGCGUACAUGGCGGGCGACGACGACGAUGACGACAACGUGUCGGUGCACUCGAAAUCCCUUCCCAAUGUGGGUAGAAAGGCCGAUCCGGCCGUGUACAAAUCAUCCAACGGCGCAGAGGACGAAGACGACGGGAUUUUGUUUGCAAAUUGCCCCGCAUGGAACCGUUUCUCCAUUGUCCUGAGAGAUCAGGGUACGCUUCGAUUCGUCAAGUACGUCAGCCACGCGGCGAAGGGCGAUCGGUGGGAUAUCAAAGGUGAAGUGGAGCUGGCUGAGGAUGCUUUCGCUAAUGAUGGGGACGGGGUGGAUGAGGAUGAAGACGAAUUGGGGGACCAGAGCCACGACGAUGACGAAGAUGAUGACGAUGAUGAAGGGGAGCAGGGCUCGGAAGAAGAGGAGCUGGCUGACGAUGAGAAGUGA